ACAUCGCAUGUCAUGUGAUUGUCGUGGAGUCAACAGUUACACUAUUCGUCUUUCUCUUUUCGGAAGUGACUUUAAAGACAGGCGCCGCUAUUCCUGUGUGUAGAUGGACUGGAGGCGGAUGCGGAAGCGGAUGAAACGGACUGAAUUGGAGAGAGAAGUUGAAGAAGCUACACGGCUGUGAAAGGAGCAUGCAGCACAACGCUCUUUAGUAAUAAACAAGUGAACUCUCCUCAAGACAUCUGAUAAAAUGGUGCUUCAGAUGGGGAUCUUGGUCUUGGCUCUGCUGGGCCUGAGCACAGCAUUGGUCUGUCCUGAUGGAGGCAUGUGUGAGGACAAAAACACCUGUUGCAAGAACACUGAGGGAGGAUAUGGAUGCUGUCCUCUACCACAUGCUGAGUGUUGUUCAGACCACCUCCACUGCUGCUAUGAAGGGACCCUGUGUGAUCUGGUCCAUGAGAAAUGUGUUAAUAAGACAGUUUCACUGCCCUGGAUGCGCCGGAUUCCUCCCAGACAGGCUUUGCCAGUCCAUCAGCUCAGUGCAAAGGUAAAGGUGGUCGUUUGUCCCGGCGAGGAGGCUUCGUGUCCAGAUAACACCACUUGCUGUUCGCUUCCUGGUGAAGGUUGGGGCUGCUGUCCAUUACCCAAGGCAGUAUGCUGUGAGGAUAAGCGCCACUGUUGUCCUGAGGGAACAACGUGUGACAUCACUCAGGGAAUGUGUGUUUCUGCUUCACGAGAGUCCUUCCCCAUGCUGGAAAACCUGCCUGCCACACUGAAGGAGACUAUUCCAGCUCAGAAUGUCGGUUCAGUGACGUGUCCUGGCGGGAAAAGCAGCUGUCCAGACAGUUACACCUGUUGCCUGUUAACCAGUGGAGACUAUGGCUGCUGCCCUUACCCAGAGGCCAUGUGCUGCAGCGACCAUCUCCACUGUUGCCCCAGCCACACAGUGUGCGAACUGGACCAUGGCAUCUGCAGGUCUGCUCAGUCGAGCGUGCCGCUGUUGAAGAAGAUCCCCGCUGUCCCCAAUGACGUCGUGUGUCCAGACAAGGCAGCGUCAUGUCCUGAUCAGACUACAUGCUGCCAGAUGACCAAUGGCUCGUAUGGAUGCUGUCCAAUGCCUAAUGCCGUCUGUUGUUCGGAUCAGAUACACUGCUGUCCUGAGGGCACAGAGUGCGACCUGUACCACAGCACCUGUGUGAUGACUGAGAGAGACACCACUGUGGCCUCUGAGGUCCCUGCUGCUGCUGCUGCUGCUGUGACGGAGCUGGUGAUGGCACAGAACAAAGUCGGCUCUGUUCCCUGCAAUGACUCUGUGGCCUGUGCUGACGGAAACACUUGCUGUAAAAGGGCGGAUGGAGAAUGGGCCUGUUGUCCUUUAUCUCAGGCCGUGUGUUGCGAGGACCACGAGCAUUGCUGUCCCCACGGCACCAUUUGUAACCUGGCAGCCUCCACGUGCGACGACCCGGCGUGGAACAGCGCCGUGACGCCGUGGCUUCAUAACGUGCCCGCCUUCCCUUUACCGUCUGACAACAACAAGUGUGACCCGUCCAAAUCGUGCCCUGGAGACGCCACGUGCUGCAGGACGACAAGUGGGGACUGGGCCUGUUGUCCUCUGCCUGAGGCCGUGUGCUGUGACGACCACAUCCACUGCUGCCCUCACGGCACCGUCUGCAACCUGGAGGCUGAGACCUGUGACGACGUGUCGGGCUCUUUACCGUCCCGUCCCUGGGCGGAGAAGGUGUCCGCUCUGACCCCGGGGGUCCGGAGUGAGAAAUGCGACGAGCAAACCAUGUGUCCGGGAGGCACCACCUGCUGUAAGAGAAACUCUGGAGAGUGGGCCUGCUGCCCUUUACCUCAGGCCGUGUGCUGUAACGACCACGAGCACUGCUGCCCCAAAAGCUUCAAGUGUAACGUGGCGAAGCAGACGUGUGACAGGCCCGGGGGCGUGAGUCUGCCCUGGCUGCAGAAGAUACCGACCCUGCAGAGUAACCCCGUCCGGGCCGUUUCCAGCUCAGCUCGGCUUUCCAAGAACAUGUGUGAUUCCUCCACCAGCUGCCCCCGCGAUACGACCUGCUGCUUCAUGGACGGGACCCAGAAGUGGGGCUGCUGCCCUCUGCCAAACGCCGUCUGCUGCAACAACGGAAACCACUGCUGCCCCUUUGGUCACACCUGUGAAGCUCACCGGUCGUCCUGCUCCAGAGGUCCGCGCGUUAUUCCCUGGUUCACCAAACUCGCCGCGGUCACUGAGCCCAGCGUCGUGACCGAUGUCAAGUGUGAUGACAAAAGCAGCUGCGCUUCAGGGACGACCUGCUGUAAACUGCCGACCGGAGAGUGGGGCUGCUGCCCUCUGGUCAAGGCAGUCUGUUGUGCGGACCACGAGCACUGUUGUCCUCAGGGAUACACCUGCAACAUGCAGACGGGAACAUGCGAGAAGAAAAACUACGGCGGGUUAACGCACGCCACACCUCAGGUCCGAGUGGGGCGGCCCGAGCCGGCAGCCUCGGAGGACGAGGCGGGCGUACCGUGUGACGGCACGGGAGAAUUUCACUGCUCCAAGCGCGACACGUGCUGUAAGGCGUCUGCCUCAGAGUGGGCCUGCUGCCCCUCACCAAAGGCCGUCUGCUGCUCCGACUCAAAGCACUGCUGCCCCGCAGGAUACACCUGUGACCUGAAGGGUGGAGGUUGCACCGUGAAGAACACGCAAUCGCUGACCUGGGACACGUUCUUUGGGGACAGAAAGAGAGACUUUCUCCCUCGUGGACUUUAAUCCCAUUAAGACGCCCAAUGACCUUCAGACUCCAGAAUCCCAUAACAUCUACAGCUCCUGAGGGCAUGUUCCUGUUCUGAGGUAAAUUCUGUUGGGUCGCGGGCGUCGUGGAAACAUUUGGUUGCCGUUACAUACUUUUCACUUUUCAUUCUGGACAAAAAGCUCAUGCUCAAUGAUUAGAAACUAUCUAAAGAUUACAGGGAGGUGAAAGACAAAUGACGUGCACUAUUUUGCAAUGUUUCUGUUCAACUUAAAUGUGAUAUUAUUCAACAUUUAUGCAUCUACAAACCCAUGAAAAGACUACAUCGCAAAUUUCUUAUUGGUGUGACAUGUAAUAUUAAUAGUAAUUGUGUUUUUACGUAUGAUUUAAGUUCUGCUUUAUCCUCUUAACAUACAAACACGCCCUGAUGUCAGGACGAUAUUUAAGCACAAAACCAAGAAAUCUCUUUACUAAUGGAGGGAAAAGCCCCACACACUCUUUAGCAGCACUUUGAUGGAUACCUUAUUUCUUACCUUAUUAAACAAGUUCAAAAAAUGACAUUUGCUGUUUUCUUUAGCUACAAGGAUGUGGUUAUGCAUGUCACGUGUCUUUUCAUGGUGAUCUGUGAAGGAAAGAAUAUUAGAGUAGCACCAGAACAGAAGCACUGACAAGCGCUAUUCCACACUCUUCAGUUUUUAUUGAAAACAAACGAUUUGCCCUGUGCUGUUCCAUUUCUCUAAGAGACCUGAAUGUAUUUUCUGCCUUACUUUGGGCACAAUGAGCUACAAAUUACUGCAUUUUAUUUAAUAGAAGUGUUUUGUUGUUGUUGUUGUUGUUUUCUUGUGCCCACUGGUUGAGGAAGCACACCAGCAUUUCUCCGUUUAUUUGCCUCAAGGUGUGAACUAGUAUAAUUCUACAUAUAGGUGCAAGUUAAGUCGUGCAACUGUGACUUUGACUUUUUUUUAAGGCACAGGAAUUUAGAGAAACUGUGCAUUAUCAAGUUGAUAUAAACCCAAUUGCACAAUAUUUAAAUUGUAAUAAAUGGUUUCCUACAGUUUAUUACAAUCAUGUAGUUUUUGGUAAAAAAAAAACAAUGGCAGAUCAUACAAGUGUGUGCCUUUUAUUGUUUGAUUCUAAAGGUUGCGAGGAGAACAAUGUGCUUUUCUCUCUUGUGUGUGUUUUUUUUUUUUUUGUGGCGUGAAAACAUAAUCAUGGUCCACAAAAAGUUAAAAAAACGGAUUCCGAGACGAUGCUUUCCCCCUGGUUCACAACAUACACAAGCAUGAAUUCCUACCAGUGACGGAAAAUUCCAUUUAAGCCCUUUUCCUCCUUCCUCACUUUGAGAGAUUGAUGUUGAUUUAUCUUUUACAUAUGUUGUAAUGAUCUGACUGUCCAGAAUCUAGAUGACAAAAUAAAGCGUGUUCAGAGGAAUAAACUCAUCAAGCAGUGA